AUGUUCGUCGGUCCUGAUAGUUCUCUAUUUUUUCUCUUGCCUCCACAGGAUAACGUGGAAAGGGCAGAUGCACUCCAGUUAACGGUGGAAGAAUUUGUUGAGCGCUACGAGAAACCGUACAAGCCUGUAGUGUUACUGAAUGCUCAGGCAGGCUGGUCUGCCCGGGAGAAGUGGACUCUGGAACGCCUCAAACGCAAGUAUAGGAACCAGAAGUUCAAAUGUGGGGAGGACAAUGAUGGCUAUUCUGUGAAGAUGAAGAUGAAAUACUACAUAGAGUACAUGGAGACCACGCGUGAUGACAGCCCGCUCUACAUCUUUGACAGCAGUUACGGAGAGCAUCCCAAGCGUAGGAAACUCCUGGAGGACUACAAAGUGCCCAAAUUCUUCACUGAUGAUCUCUUUCAGUAUGCAGGAGAAAAGCGAAGGCCACCUUACAGAUGGUUUGUGAUGGGCCCACCUCGUUCUGGAACAGGAAUCCACAUUGAUCCCUUGGGAACUAGUGCUUGGAAUGCCUUAGUCCAGGGCCAUAAGCGUUGGUGCCUCUUCCCCACCAGCACUCCCCGAGAGCUGAUCAAAGUGACCCGAGAAGAGGGAGGGAACCAGCAGGAUGAAGCCAUCACCUGGUUCAAUGUCAUCUAUCCUAGGACACAGCUCUCCACCUGGCCCCCUGAGUUCAAACCCCUGGAGAUCUUACAGAAACCAGGCGAGACAGUCUUUGUGCCAGGUGGCUGGUGGCAUGUAGUCCUCAACCUCGACACAACCAUUGCCAUCACGCAAAACUUUGCCAGCUGUACCAACUUCCCUGUCGUGUGGCACAAGACGGUAAGAGGGAGGCCCAAAUUAUCACGGAAAUGGUACAGGAUCUUAAAGCAGGAACAUCCUGACUUGGCAGCAUUGGCUGAUUCAGUUGAUUUACAGGAAUCUACUGGUAUUGCUUCUGAUAGUUCCAGUGAUUCUUCCAGUUCUUCAAGUUCUAGCUCCUCAGACUCCGAUUCAGAGUGUGACUCUGGCUCUGAGACAGAGGGAAUGAUGCAUCGGAGGAAAAAGAGGCGGACGUGUAGCAUGGUGGGGAACGGUGAUACAACGUCCCAGGAUGACUGUGUGAGCAAAGAGCGCAGCUCCUCCAGGAUUAGGGAAUCUUGUGGAGGCCGCACUUACCCCUGAGCGAUAAGAACACCCGUCUAGAGGCAGCUGGCUCCGUUAGCAGCCAGCCAGCUCUGUUCUUCCCCCUUCUGCUCCUAUUUCUCAUGGUCCUUAAGUUUUUAUCACUUCGAUCCAAACAUCUGUCUUCGUUACGUACUGUGGAAGGUUGGCUCCUCGCUAACUUGCAGGGGAAUGCCCCGAUUCUACGUUAUUGUGCAAUGCUUUGUCCCCUCCGCGCCCCAAGUGAGUGCACUAAUUGCCCAGCCUCGGGUAAGGACACGCCAAGUAUUUACUGGCUCACAUAACUGGCAAGGAAGACAACGGUCAGUUUUUAAAGAACUCUUUUAAAAAAAAAAAACAGCAGGUAGAUCUAGAAACCUGCCUUGCUUUGACACUGUCAUAUGUUUACAUGUUGUCCUGUACACUUGAGGAAAGGAACACCAGCCCUCCUGGCCUGUCUGAAUGUCCGACGGAUCUCAUACCGAAAUUUCAGGACGGGAAGGUGGUAGGAAUACUUCAAACACUGAGGUAGCUUCAGUGGAGGUGACCACCUAUCUGAAGCAUCUCUUGUGGUCUUAAUCUACGUGCAUGCAUCUCGACUAGCCUGAGUAGUUGAUAAGGUGCAACACCUUAACCAGCAACAGCCCUUUUACUUUUGCCCUGUGUUGGUGAGUAGUAACAAAAGAUGCACUAGCACCUUGCUACUGAAAGCCUGAGGGAACAGGAGAAUUUUGGGGUUUCUUGCACAGCAAAACAGUCAGCAGUUGCCAGUAGUUACAGCCUUAGGGUGCUGGGGU